GGUCUAGAGCCGAGUGGAGCGCGCUGCCGGUCCCGAGGCUUCGCGUAGCGCUGGGAUCUGAAUCUGCCCGGUUCUCCAAGCCCCAGAAGCCGGGUUUCUUUAAACUGGCGCUGCUGUUUUCUCUCUCCUUGGGCUGUAGAAAGCUAGAAGACUUUAUCUAGCACAAGCAAGGCCGCUGCUGUUCCCUCUUUUUUUAUAUUUUUUCCACGAGGGUGUUUUUGGCUGCAAUUGCAUGAAAUCCCAAUGGUGUAGACCAGUGGCGAUGGAUCUAGGAGUUUACCAACUGAGACAUUUCUCAAUUUCUUUCUUGUCAUCUUUGCUGGGGACUGAAAACGCCUCUGUGAGACUUGACAAUAGCUCCUCUGGUGCAAGUGUGGUAGCUAUCGACAACAAAAUCGAGCAAGCUAUGGAUCUGGUGAAAAGCCAUUUGAUGUAUGCAGUUAGAGAGGAAGUGGAGGUCCUCAAAGAGCAAAUCAAAGAACUAAUAGAGAAAAAUUCCCAGCUGGAGCAGGAAAACAAUCUGCUGAAGACACUGGCCAGUCCUGAGCAGCUCGCUCAGUUUCAGGCCCAGCUGCAGACUGGCUCCCCUCCUGCCACCACGCAGCCACAGGGGACCACACAGCCCCCUGCUCAGCCAGCKUCCCAGGGCUCAGGACCAACCGCGUAGCCUCCUAUGCCCGCGCAGAACUGGCUGCUGCUGCUGCUGUCUGAACUGAACACACCAGGAAGAUGUACUACGGAGAGUCUGCCUCCACAGUCACCCAUUUCAUUGCUCGCUGCAAAAGAGACGUGAGACUGACAUAUGCCAUUAUCUCUUUUUUUCCCCAGUAUUAAACACUCAUUUGCUUUUGGCUUGAAGAAAUUUAUUAGUUGGGUGAAUUAAAGGUUACAGAGAAUUAGCAUGGAUUGUACCCUGUGCAGCUUGGCAGAUAAUCUGAGGAAUGGUUAAUUGAUGCUGAGGAGCUGUGUGCCUUUCCAUCCCUUCUUGCUGCCCACCCCACUUCCAGGAGUUCUGCUGCUGGUAGUGUACUCCAUGGGGUUAGGAAGCAAUGGAGCUCCUCACUGGACUUUGCACUCUCCUCUCCUCCCCAUGAGGAACUURAAAGGGAGGCAAGAAACAAGACUAAAACGAGGGGGAAUGCAGUUCAUUGUACACACUGACGACUGUCACCAAAACCUAUAAAAAAAAAAUAGUACUGUGCCUCUUUUAUUAAACAGCGGAUGACACAAAACUAUUAGUGAUAAAACGGUGACAGGUAGCUGGGACCUAGGCUAUCUUACUAUGAAGGUUGUUUUGCUUAUUGUAUAUUUGUGUAUGUAGUGUAACUAUUUUGUACAUUAGAGGACUGGAACUACUGUUUAGGUUGUACAGAUUGAAAUUUAGGUGUUUCAUUGGCUGUCUAAAGAGGUGUGGAUUGUCUUUUAUAUAGAGACCUGCAUAAAACUGCUACAUGACAAAAACCACACCUGAAGAAAUUUUAAGAAUUUGGCACAGUUAGUCACUUUGUGUAAUCAGAAAUCUAGCUGCUGAAUAUUUUGAAGUAAAUCCUUGUUCAUUGAAGUCUUUGGAUUGAGCAGGUUGAUAACUUUGAAAAAUGAUCAGUUUUAGCUAGUAAAUUGGAGUUCCCAGUAGGGGUUUCUGCAUAUCACCUGUAUAGUAGCUAUAUUGCAAAUGUUCCUGUGCAUGUUCUCUACACAGUUGUAAGGUGUCACUGUAUUUAACUGUUGUACUUGUCAACUUUCAAUAAAGCAUAUAAAAAUGUUGAUAAA